AUGGAAUUCUUCCUCUAUCACAUGGGUGGUGAUGAUUCGGAAAUAGAGAGAGAGGAUGCCCAUGACAGAAUCCGCACAGUGGAGAAGCCAUUGCCACUCUUGGAGUGUGGAGAGAGCUUCAGUCACAGUUCCCAUUCGACUACCCACCAAAGAAAUGCUAUUGGGAAGAAACCCUCUCAGUUCUCUGAAUGGGGGGGAAGUUUCUGUUGGAAUGAAAGCCUCACUUCACAGGAAAUAAUUCACACAGGGGAGGACCCACUAAAAUACUUGGAAUGUGGAAAGAGCUUCAGUACGAGUGCACAUUUCAUUUCACAUCAAAUAAUUCAUACAGGCAAGAAACCCUAUCAGUGCUUGGAAUGUAGGAAAAGCUUUAAUACAAGCAAAACCUUCCGUAAACACCAAAGAAUUCACAGGGGGGAGAAGCCAUUUCAAUGCCGAGAGUGUGGAAAGAGCUUCAGUCAGAGAACCCAUCUCACAGCCCAUCAAAUAAUUCAUACAGGUGAGAAACCCUAUCAGUGCUCGGAAUGUGGGCGGAGCUUCAAUCACAGGACGACUCUCACGGCCCAUCAAAGGAUUCACAGUGGUGAGAAACCCUAUCAGUGCUCAGAAUGUGGGAAGAGUUUCACUGUGAGCUUCCAUCUCACUUCCCACCAAAGAAUUCAUACCGGGGAGAAACCAUAUCAAUGUGUGAAUUGUGGAAAGGGCUUCACCCAAAAGGUAAGUCUCACUUCCCAUCAAAGAAUUCACAGUGGUGAAAAACCUUAUCAAUGCAUGGAAUGUGGGAAGAGCUUCAGUCGGAAGCAAAGUCUCACUUCCCACCAAAGAAUUCACAGUGGUGAGAAACCCUAUCAGUGCUUGGAAUGUGGAAAGAACUUCAGUCUCAGGGCCCAUCUCACUACCCAUCAAAGCAUUCAUACCAGGAAGAAACCCUAUCGAUGCUUGGAUUGUGGAAAGAGUUUCCUACAGAGAGUUGAUCUCACUUCUCACCAAAGAAUUCACACAGGGGAGAAACCAUAUCAGUGCUUGGAAUGUGGGAAGAGCUUCACUGUGAGCGCUGGUCUUACUUCCCACCAAAAAAUUCAUAGGGAAAAGAAACCCUAUCAAUGCGUGAAUUGUGGAAAGAGCUUCACCCAGAAGCAAAGUCUCACUUCCCACCAAAGAAUUCACAGUGGUGAGAAACCCGAUCAGUGCUUGGAAUGCGGAAAGAGUUUCUGCCAGAGAGUCAAUCUCACUCACCACCAAAGAAUUCACACAGGUGAAAAACCCUAUCAGUGCUUGGAAUGUGGGAAAAGCUUCAGUCUGAAGCAAAGUCUCACUUCCCACCAAAGCAUUCAUACCGGGGAUAAACCCUAUCGAUGCUUGGAUUGUGGAAAGAGUUUUUGCCAGAGAGCUGAUCUCACUUCCCACCAAAGAAUUCACACAGGAGAGAAACCCUAUAAGUGCUUGGAAUGUGGAAAAAAUUUCCGCCAGAAAGUCAACCUCACUUCCCACCAAAGAAUUCACACAGGAGAGAAACCCUAUCAGUGCUUGGAAUGUGGGAAGAGUUUCCGCCAGAAAGUCAACCUCACUUCCCACCAAAGAAUUCACACAGGGGAGAAACCCUAUAAGUGCUUGGAAUGUGGAAAGAGCUUCAGUCAUAAGCAAAGUCUCCCUACCCAUCAAAGAAUUCACAGUGGUGAGAAACCUUAUCAGUGCUUAGAAUGUGGGAAGGGCUUUGGUAAGAGGACCAAGCUCAUGGCCCAUCGACGAACUCACAGUGGUGAGAAACCCUAUCAAUGCUUGGAUUGUGGAAAGAGCUUCAGCCAAAGGGCCAAUCUAACUUGCCAUGAAAGAAUGCACACAGGGGAGAAACCGUAUCACUGCUUGGAAUGUGGGAAGAGCUUCAACCAGAAGCAAAGUCUCACUUCUCACCAAAGAAUUCACACAGGGGAGAAACCUUAUCAGUGCUUGGAAUGUGGAAAGAGCUUUGGUAAGAGGACCAAGCUCAUGGCUCACCAAAGAAUUCACAGUGGUGAGAAACCCUAUCAAUGUGUGAAAUGUGGAAAGAGUUUCUGCCAGAAAGCCCAUCUCACUUCCCACCAAAGAAUUCACACAGGGGAGAAACCAUAUCAGUGCUUGGAAUGUGGAAAGAGCUUCAGUAAGAGGACCAACCUCAUGGCCCAUCAAAGAAUCCACACUGGGGAGAAACCCUAUCAGUGCUUGGAAUGUGGGAAGAGCUUCACCCGGAAGGACAACCUCACUUCCCACCAAAGAAUUCACAGUGGUGAGAAACCAUAUCAGUGCUUGGAAUGUGGAAAGAGCUUCAGUAAGAGGACUAACCUCAUGGCCCAUCAAAGAGUUCAUACAGGGGAGAAUCAUAGAAUUUUAGACCUGCAGGAGACUUCUGGGUCGUCUAGUCCACUGCAGGACUCUCAACUAAAGCUUCCAUGACAUAUUGCCUUCAAACUUCUCCUUACAAACCUCCAAGGCAGGAGAGUCCACAACCUUCCAAGGGCAUCUCUAAUUUGAAGCCAUUGAUUUGGGUGCCAGCCUCCAGAGCCGGUGAAAACAAGCUUGUUCAAGCUUCCACGUGACACCCCUUCCUGUUCCUCAGAAGGCUUGGUUUCCCAACGCUUAAUUGCCUUGCUCACCCCCCUCUGCACACCUUCCAGCUUGUCAAAAUCCUUCUUAAAUUGGGGCACCCAGAACUGGACACAGGACUCCAGGUGUGGUCUGAACAAGGCAGAAGAAAGUGGGACUAUUACUUUUCUUGAUCUGGACACUUGACUUCUUUGGACGCAGCCUAGAAUAACAGCCUAUUUCGCUGAUGUUGACUCAUGUUAGUCUUGUGGUCCACUAAGACCCCAGGUCUUUUCCAUAUGUACUACUGACAAGCCUGGUAUGUCCCAUCUUAUAUUUGUGCACCUGAUUCGUCUUGCCUAAGAGCAGAAUCUUACCUUUCUUCUUAGCGAAAUUUAUUGGAUGCCUUUAUAUACCACCUGUUUCUUCAAGAAGCUCAGUGUGGUCUUAAGUCGCUCUCCCCCUCAUCGUUUAAUCCUGACAACAACCCUGUGAGGUAGGUUGGGCUGUGAAGCCAUCACCCAGUGAGCUGCAUGGCUGAGUGGGGAUUUGAACCCAGGUCUCCCAGUUCCUAGUCCAAAACUCUUAAGCACUGCACCCCACUGACUCUCGAAUGAGACUCUUGGAAAGUGCAUGCAUGCACAUUUACCAAAAGUUUCAGUGCAAUGUCUUGGUGUUUGUAGUUAAAGUUUUAUACACAUGUAUCAAUGACAUUAAUAUAAUAAUGGUAAUUACAGUAGAAGAGUAAAUUUUAGGAAAUGCUAGAUGGUGAUAGGGGUAGUUUGGAGUUUGGAAUGCUGGGAUUGAGCAAUUGAACUGAAAAAUUUCCACAUAAAUCACAAGAUCUAAAA